ACUUGAUAAUAGUGUUCCGUUAAGAAGGCGCAAGUUUUUCCCGCAAGACAGACGCAGCCGGGGAGCUCUCUAUUCUUUCAUUCCCUCACAACACAAGCCAGGCAAACAUGUUCCUGCGCCUAGGUAUCCUCCUCCAUCUGUUGUACCUUUCCUCCUGCACGUUGUCCAGAGCUGACAAGAAGAAGAAGCCGGAGAGCAAGGUGACGACAGGCCAGGUGGACAGGUCUGUGCAUGACCGUGGCCUGGUGACGGAACACCCAAAGUGGAAAGACAUAGUGGACAACCAUGCCAGCUACCACCAGCACACAGCACACCGGGCCACCCAGCACAUGGCCCUGGCCUAUGUAACACCGUGGAACAACCAUGGCUAUGAUGUGGUGAAGGUGUUUGGAGGGAAGUUCACCCAUGUGUCACCAGUGUGGCUGCAGCUGAGGUACAGUGCAGGCAACACUAUCAUCACCGGUGACCAUGACGUGGACCAGGGCUGGCUGGCGGAGGUGAAGAAGGCAGGACAGUCUGCCAAUGUUAAAAUUGUUCCUCGUCUGCUGUUUGAUGGCUGGCAGCCGAGAGACUUUCGGGAGCUGUACGACACAGAGCCCAAGCGGAAGAGAGUUAUCAGUGAGAUUGUCAACAUGAUCAAGAAGCACAAUUUUGAUGGCAUUGUGUUGGAGAUCUGGAGUCAGAUUCCCACACAGAAGCUGCUGGAUGCGUCUCCUGGCUUCAUUAGAGAGCUGGCCCGGGGCAUCCGCCUUGCUGGCUACACCUUCAUCCUGGUCAUCCCUCCUGCUGUGUACCAGAGUAAUUCUCCGGGAUCCUUUGUGGAGAAACACUUCAAGGAAUUGGUGGAUGAUGUGGAUGCCUUCUCUCUCAUGACCUAUGACUUCUCCAGCUUCCAGAGUCCAGGUCCAAACAGUCCCCUGUGGUGGGUGCGUGACUGUGUGGAGAGGUUGGUUCCUGAUGCAUCUUCACCUGAUCGCUCUAAGAUCCUGCUUGGCCUGAACCUGUAUGGGCUAGACUACAGUGUGACGGGCGGCAAUCACAUCCUUGGGCCACAGUACAUUGACAUUCUGGCCACCUACAAGCCAAAGUUCAGUUAUGAUGACGUCUCCAAGGAACACUUUUUUGAGUACAAAGCAAAGUCUGGGCGUCAUGUUGCCUUCUACCCCACCCUGCACUCAGUGGCCCUGCGAGUACAGCUGGCCAAUGACCUGGGCACUGGCAUCUCCUUGUGGGAAGUUGGCCAAGGCCUUGACUACUUCUAUGAUCUCCUAUGAAUGAAGCUUGUGUGGCUUUAAACAAUUGUUGUUUGGAUUUUUUGUGCGUGUGGUUGUUUUUCAGUCUGCCUUCUUGAACGUAUGUUUGUGAUUUUCUACAAAGCACACUUUGUGUUUAACACAGUUGCACAGCCUGCCUUGAUGUGCUCUUGUUUGGAAAGUGACACACAGGUAGGAGAAAAUUUUUAUAUUGUUGAAUUGUGCUUGAAAACACUGCAGUGAUAAAAAGUCAUUGGAAACUGGAAACAUUCCAUGUCUAAAACUCAGAAACUUACAGUAUCCUUUGAAACACUUUAUUUUCCAAAUUAAGAUGAAGCAUUUGUUCAUGUUUCUUGCUAUACUGAUUCUAUGUUUUGGGUAAUAGCUUAUUAUUGAAAUUUGGUGUUCAGUGGUAUUUGGUUGCUGUGCUUAUUUAGCAUAUACAAAUUUAGCCAUGUCAGUGCCUUGAGCUAACUGUUAAACUUCUCCCUCUGGACUGGCUUGUGGUCUGAAGCAGUGGAAGCAGCACCACAGAAUCAGGAAUUGAACUUCAAAAUGACAUUUCAACAGGUGUGGGAUUUGAAUUGUGUUGUUGUAUCCUUGUUGAUACAGGUCAGCACUUGUCACCUGCUACCAGCUCCCCAUAUCUACACAGUUCAGAAUAUCUUGUUUGUGGUCACACUGAGGCCCUGGGAACUCUAUGCAGGUAUUUCAGCUCUUUGUUCUCCAAUUACCUAGGGGGUCUUCCUCUCAUAUCUCCACAUCAUUCAUUCUAUCCUUGUGCUGUAUAACCUUGUCAUCCUACUUACUUCCAUUCCCUCCACAUGACUGGACUUUGAGAGUGUUGUAUCAUCAUGCACCAUAGACACAUGCCCUCUCUGAUUACUGCACCCCCUAGUAGCUUGUGGAGGAAGUUGUGUGUAAGGUUAACCACACAAAAUGCCAGUGAAAAUGUAAUGAUUUCCAGAUGCUUGCUGUGAAGUCAAUAGUUGGGUUCCUACACUUACCUGAGAUAUCUUAAGCUGAUUUGUAAGUAUUUAUAAAUAUUUCAUUCUGUAA